AUGCCUGCCGCCACUUCCCAAGUUUCGGCCGAGAACGCUAAGAGCGUCAAGGUUCUUGACGAGUUGAUGCAGAAGCUUACCAUCUCCAAGGAGGCCGAUGCCAUCAAGGAGUCUGCUGGUGCUCUUGCGACUUUCAUCAACGGCCGCAUCGAAGACCUCGACACCCCCACCAGGACCGUUGAGGCGCUUAAGAAGCAGCUCGCGAACAAGAAGGACGCUGGCGCCCGUGAGAAGGCGCUCACUGCCAUUCAGGCUAUUGCCCAGCACUCCGAGGUCUCUGCCAAUGUUGAGCCUUACCUCGUUGCGCUCCUCCCUGGCGUCUUUGCGGGCGCUGGUGACAAGAUCACCGCGGUGAAGAAUGCCGCCAUUGCGGCUGCGUUGGCCAUUGCUGAGGCCAUCAACCCCAACGCCAUCAAGGCCACUCUCCCGGCCUUGAUUGACUCGCUUCGGAACGCCCAGAAGUGGCCCGAGAAGAUGACGGUGCUCGACUUCAUUGACACCCUUAUUCGCACUGCCCCUUCGCAGACCGCGCUGCUCGUCCCCAACCUUAUCCCAGUGGUCUCUGAGGCCAUGUGGGACACCAAGAAGGAGGUCAAGGACCGCGCCUACAAGACCAUGGAGAAGGUCUGCCAGUUGAUUGUCAACCGCGAUAUUGAGCGCUUCAUUCCUGAGCUCAUUAAGUGUAUCGCCAAGCCGGAGAACGUCCCCGAGACGGUGCACUUGCUCGGUGCCACCACCUUCGUCACGGAGGUUCAGGAGCCCACUCUCGCCCUUAUGGUUCCCCUGCUCGACCGUGGUCUCUCUGAGCGCGAGACCGCCAUCAAGCGUAAGGCGGCUGUCAUUGUCGACAACAUGUGCAAGCUCGUCGACGACCCGAACAUUGUCGCCCCCUUCUUGCCAAAGAUGAUGCCCGGUCUCCAGAAGAACUACGACAACCUUGCCGACCCCGAAGCCCGUGAGAAGACCAAGCAGGCUCUUGACACCCUGGUCCGCGUCGGCAACGUUGUUGACGGCAAGAUUCCUGAGGUCCGCAACCAUGGUGAUAUUUCCACCAUCAUCGGUCACCUUAAGGAGAUUCUCACUGGCAAGCAUGCUGCCGUUUUCGACAAGUUCCUUCCUGUCCUCGAGUUCGCUGCGGCCAUCGCUGGCCAGCUCGUUGACGAGAAGGCCACCGACUCUGCCUCGUGGGCGGAGAGCGUCAAGCCUUACAUCGCCGUUGUCGUUGGCGAGGGCGAGUCGCAGGGUGUUGUUGACACCCUCCGCAAGCGCGCCAUCCCCGGCGCUGCCGACGCUGAUGAGGUGGAGGACGACGAGGAGGAGGGUGAGGACCUGUGCAACUGCACCUUCUCCCUUGCCUACGGUGCCAAGAUCCUGCUCAACCAAACCAGCCUGCGUCUCAAGCGUGGCCAGCGCUACGGCCUGUGCGGCCCCAACGGGUCCGGCAAGUCUACUCUGAUGCGCGCCAUCAACAACGAGCAGGUCGAGGGUUUCCCCAAGCAGAGCGAGGUCAAGACUGUCUUCGUCGAGCACGACCUGGACUCUGCCGAUACUGAGAUGACGACCAUAGAUUGGACAAUGAAGAAGCUGAGCGAGGCUGGUGUCGCCACCACCCAGGAGGAUGUCGUCAAGCAGCUUUCGGAAUUCGGCUUCACCGAGCAGAUGAUCAAGGGCGAGAUCACCGCCCUCUCUGGUGGUUGGAAGAUGAAGCUGGCCCUGUGCCGUGCCGUCUUCGAGGCCCCCGAUAUCCUAUUGCUCGACGAGCCUACCAACCAUUUGGAUGUGAAGAACGUGAAGUGGCUCGAGGAGUACCUCCAGAACUCCCCCUGCACUUCCAUCAUCGUGUCCCACGAUAGUGGCUUCCUCGACAAUGUCUGCCAGCACAUUGUCCACUACGAGCGCUUCAAGCUCAAGCGCUACAAGGGCAACCUGAAGGAGUUUGUGCGCCGUGUGCCUUCGGCUAAGUCCUACUACGAGCUUGGCGCCUCUGAGAUCGAGUUCAAGUUCCCCGAGCCCGGUUUCCUCGAGGGUGUCAAGACCAAGGCCAAGGCCAUCCUUCGUGCCACCAAGAUGAGCUUCCAGUACCCUGGCACCUCGAAGCCCCAGAUUUCCGACAUUACCUUCCAGUGCUCGCUCGGCUCUCGUAUUGCCGUCAUUGGCCCCAACGGUGCCGGCAAGUCGACCCUCAUCAACGUGCUCACUGGUGAGCUCAUCCCCACCGCCGGUGAGAUCUACCAGCACGAGAACAUCCGCAUCGCGUACAUCAAGCAGCACGCGUUCGCCCACAUCGAUAACCACCUGGACAAGACUCCUUCCGAGUACAUCCAGUGGCGUUUCCAGACUGGUGAGGAUCGUGAGACCAUGGACCGUGCCAACAAGAUCAUCACCGAGGCCGAUGAGGAGGCCAUGAACAAGAUCUUCAAGGUCGAGGGCACGCAGCGCCGCAUUCUCAGCAUCCAGAGCCGCAGGAAGUUCAAGAACAGCUACGAGUACGAGUGCUCGUUCGCUCUUGGCGAGAAUGUUGGCAUGAAGAACGAGCGCUGGGUCCCCAUGAUGACCGCCGACAACGCUUGGUUGCCCCGCAGCGAACUGCUGGCUUCUCACCAGAAGAUGGUCGCUGACGUCGACAUGAAGGAGGCUCUUGCCUCUGGUCAAUUCCGCCCUCUGGUCCGUAAGGAAAUUGAGUCUCACUGCGCCAACUUCGGCCUGGACGCUGAGUUGGUUUCUCACUCGCGCAUGCGUGGUCUCUCCGGUGGUCAGCGUGUCAAGGUUGUGCUCUCUGCCUGCUCGUGGCAGCGCCCUCACUUGAUCGUCCUUGACGAGCCUACCAACUACCUCGACCGUGACUCUCUGGGUGCCCUGUCGAAGGCUCUCAAGGCCUUCGAGGGUGGUGUCAUCAUCAUUACCCACAGCGCCGAGUUCACCAAGGACUUAACCGAGGAAGUCUGGGCUGUCAUGGACGGCAAGAUGACUCCCUCCGGCCACAACUGGGUCCAGGGCCAGGGCGGUGGCCCCCGUCUCAAGGGCGACGAUGCUGAGGAGGAGGAGAAGUUCGACGCCAUGGGCAACAAGAUUGAGUCGACCAAGAAGAAGGCCAAGCUUACCAGCUCGGAGGCGCGCAAAAAGAAGAAGGAGCGCAUGGCCCGCCGGAAGCGCGGUGAGGAGGUCUUCAGCGACGAGGACGACUGA